CCUUUUUCUUGAUCGCUCUCACACAUUCUAGAAUUUACAACAAAAAGAAAACGUAAUACCGACUCUGGAAAAGAUUUGGAAUUAAUGCCAUUUGGUCAAUGUGAAAUUACAAACGAUGGAUGACACAGAAAUACAACUGUGCCCGCGCAUCACCACGGUAUCGAAGGAUGGCCAUGCGGAAGACCCCGGCCAGCAAGUGAAAUCGAACGCAAUCGUGCGGUUUUCGAUUGUGCAGAGUACGGUACCCUUCGGCCGUUUAAAGUGCAACACCAAUCUCAAUAUGCCUCCCUCUAACUGGUUAAGCAAUUCCGCGAACUCUUACGGGCUGGGACAAUUCCUAUCACAUCAGGCAGGUUUCAGCAGCUUCCGUAUGGCUAACAUGUUUCCCGAUUGCGUUGGAGGAGUGGAUGUAGUUUCAGAUGCAGAAAACAUUAAGCGAUUGCUCAAACUGCCGUAUUCACGCAAAAGCGUUAUCUCAAUGAUUGUGCAUCGCAUCGAAAAUACGCUGCUGAUCGAUGAAUUUGACGUAGCCAAGUAUCUAUUAUUACAAGAGGAAGCUGAUUGGCAUUGGUUACGUUCAUUCAUUUACGAAAACAUUCUGAAAAGUCUGAACGAUAGCGAGCGCAAAUUAUUCCUUCAUCCAAAAACUCGGGAAGCAUUUCAACAGAAGUAUCUUACCUCGAAGUUUUUAUAUCACAGUCUUCAGUCAGGAAAGCAGAACGAAGAAGGGAGAAGCGAUGAUGUGAUUCUAAACGAUUGUGCACCGUAUACACCACUGCCACUUGCAGGGCCAGUGUUGCCGGAACCAACGAAAGAAGAACAUUUUCCCGAUGCCCAGCAAACGAAUCAUAUGUUCAAUCGCAACGUAAUUUGGACAUUCGAGGAUAUACGCAUGUUGAUUGGUACGGAUAUGCCCAUCUUUGGUGGAGCGAAUCGACCAUGCAUUAGCUUACGGUUACGAGACGAAUCAAAGCCGAUCAACGUACUGACGGGAAUCGAUUACUGGUUGGAUAACUUGAUGUCUAAUGUACCAGAGGUGGUCAUGUGCUACCAUUUAGACGGGAUUGUGCAACGUUACGAGUUAAUCAAAACGGAAGAUCUGCCCAGGUUGGAAAAUUCUGAAUUUUCUCCACAGCUUAUACGCAAUGUAGCACAAAACAUUUUAGCCUUUUUGAAGGCAAACGUUACAAAGGCAGGACACACUUAUUGGCUGUUUAAAGCGCGCAAUGAUGAUGUCGUAAAGCUGUACGAUUUAACCACGCUUUGUAAAGCACAUGGUGGAGAUUCCGCGACAGAAGAUGAGACUGAUGCAACGUCAAAGGAGAAAUUACCUCCAAAGGAAAGUGCUCAAACUGGAGGUGAGGCAGCGGAAGACAAUUGUCCCACAAGUAGACCCUCGAGUGGGCAGAAUCCUUUCACCGUGCCAGUAGCGAUGUUACUUUACACCGUAGCAAGAAACAUGAAAAAUUCCAUUGAAAGUGGAAAUUUAUCGGCAUCGAAGGCGGGAGCUAUUCGUACACUGCUAAACAACUGCAUCAAACUACUUCCCAAAGAAAAAUAUCCCCAAAUUGUAACAUCCUCCCAUUAUAUUCUUUCUGAUCUGCAUAUUCCUGCCGAUACGGAUCCAGGUUCACCCAAAUUCAACACGACGCUUGAGGACGAGGACGAUGAAGCUGCAUAUCUAUGUGGAGAACGUAAUUCCACACCGUCAGAGAGCGGGUUGGAUGAGACGGAAGACGAGGCACCCACGGUUGAUGAGCAGGGAGAGCAACAAGAGCCAACAGGGAAUGGAACAAAGCUGGAGGCUGCAAUCAAAAGCAUCAAAGAUACUCUUAAAGAGUAUAAGGUAGAGGAGCGGUUGGGCAAACAUCACAACUCUCGCCCUGCGCCAUUGCUUUGCGAAACCACGGAACGAUGUAUUAUUGCAUUGCAGCACAUCGUCGAUGGAUUACAAUGCUUGCAGUAUUUCGACAGCUAUGAGGAGCAGAAGCAACGCGAGAAGGAAAAGCAAGCCGAGCGACAGAAGAUCGUACACGAGGAGUCACAUCCGAACAUGGCGAAAUCGGAUAACCCUAUCCCUCUGCCGUAUCAGCCGCUCCGCCCCGAAGCGCGUCCAGUCGAUCCAGAGAAGAUUAUCCCGAUGGGUUGGAAACAAACUGGAGAGGCACGUGUGCAGGAAGAGAAAGACUCAGAAGCGAGAAAAGCUGGUAAAAAGCGCGCGAAAGGCAAACACGUGGAAAAGCAACAUAAAUCGACCAACAGUAAGCAAGUCGAAGGGGGAGAUCGCACACAAGAAGUUGAUCCACGGGCACUCUUACUUAAAGGGCAGAUUGGUGUGAUCAAAUCGUGGAACGUUCACUUGAAGAUUCUGUUGUUUGAGAAAGCCUGUCUAGUUUAUGCUACCAUGGCUGAGCAGGAUUACGCAAAGCAACGAUACGGUGCCACUCUUCGGUAUCUGUAUUCGGCUAUCCGUUGUCAGCAGGUUGUAACGAAGUAUAUCUCCUGUGUUUCCUCACAACGCAGCCUGCUGUUGGGACGCGCUGGCGAUUGUUUCUUUCAAUUGGUCAAAGAUUGGAAUCGCAUCGGCGAACAUCUGGGACAGUUCUCCGAAGAGCAUCACCUCGAUCAGUUGAUAAUGGAGGAACUCGUGAAGGAUAUUGGCAGCGAGGUGGAAAACACACUUCCGGUUCCAACGGAAAACAUGGAACAGUUGAUGAUUACUAGCUGCAGUUGUUAUGAGACGGCUAUCGGUGGAGCGUCAAUCGACUCACAGGAAGAAUUACGACGUCGCCUUGGAAGUGUUCGGAAUGAGUUAGGUGUGAAGUACAUGCACUGGGCACAGGAAGAGUAUCAAAAGUAUUGGGACGUGGAAAACCCGGAUGCUGAGGCAACAGAGUCGAAGGAACCGUUGUAUCAACUGUUAACGAAAAAAUCAUAUGAUUCACUUAAGAAAGGUGUCACAUUGUUUGAAGAAGUUGACGACACGACGAACCUCGCUUUUCUGCUUUGUAACAUGGGACGGUUUAUGCGUUUUCGGGCUCAUAUCCAUUUGGUGGGCGAACGCCCAAACAAUGUGAAUGUUCAGAAAAAGUUCUACCACGAAGCCUUUGGCUACUACCAGCAUGCUCUAAGUACACUUGGCACACGAAAGGAAAAUCCGGAACUGUGGUCACUCGUCACAUGGGAGCUAUCGACCGCCACAUUUAACUUAGCAAAACAACUCCAAGAUCACAACGUGAUUUCAGUAGACGAACAAGGAGGACAAACACAAUCACAGGAAGAAAUCGAACAGGAAGUAGUCGAUAUGCUUCAGCGGGCGCUAAAAUUGUGCGAUCAAGACAACAGUGGACCGAAACAGGUGUUGUACUCCUUCCGAGCUGGGCUCAUACACCACAGGAUUGCAUCGUAUCAUCACAUGUCUUAUCGCUAUACGGUGGACGAACAUCGUCGCAAAACGUGCUUGCGACUCACAAAACUGCACUACGAAAAGGCGUCGAGUAUUUUCGAAAACCUCUCGGAACCUCAAGAAUUUUUACAGAUCCAAAUGGAACGUAUCGCUCUACAAGAGUACCAGUGCGAACAGGCUAUGACAUCGACCGCUAAAACGCAUCAUCUGUUAGUUGCUUUGGCCCUGUGCAAGCAAGCAUAUCCUCUAAUACAGCAUAUUGCCAGUGUGAAGCCGCAUGCUUUUGACGAUUCACUGAGCGACAUGUCGUCCGCUGGAACCAGUGACAGAGCUGGUGGUUAUGAGGAGCUUCAGAAACUUUUGAUGCUAUUUGAAAAACGGCUUCAAGUGAUACUGCUAACACUCACGAAGCUUUCGCUACAAGGUACGGGAAACUUUAAGGAACAGGCAGCCAGCCAUUAUAAAGCCUUAUACGCGUUAGCAUUGCAGAAACGUCCAACCAUGCUAGCGGAAGAUACUUCGAAAUUCAAGGGUGAUGAGACAGGCACAUUGAUUAAAGAGUAUGCCUUGCAUCUGUCUAACGUUUUGCGUCAAGUAUGUGAUCUGAAUCGCCAACAUGAGGCAGCGUCGCGAUAAACCCCUAGGGGGAGUAUACUUAAAUUGUUAUGAAUGAAACGCUUUUAUCUUUGUCACAUGUUGAACUAUGAUUCAUAUUUGCGUUUGGUUUUUUUUAUAGAAAUAAACUCUUGAUUAUCCCUUUAAACCCAACCUCGAUCGUAUAUAACGUCAUGAAUUCGUACUUGGUGACCUAGUUUGUUAUGGUAUGCUGUCUUCAUUUGCGCUACCGCAACAAUUCUAAAAACAAUAGCUAAUAAUUGUUGACAAAAAUAGGUUUAUGACUCGAGCGAAUGGGCGAAUAGAAUUAAACACGACAACAAAUCGUUUAUCAAGCCGUGAGUAUAAAAAGCUGUAUACGAAUCUGUCGGCAAGUCGCGAAUUUCUGUCGUCUUGUAAUGCAUUGGCGCGAUGUCUGUUUCUAACACAUGUGGAUGUAGAUUUUUUUUCGAUGACAACUUUUGUGUAUUUCAACUAGAAAAACAAACACGUUCUUUUAAUUUGAUUGCUAUUAUACACACAGCCUUUUUGUGACAGUCUGAAUUGGGUAAAUUAUUAAUAGCGUAUGACGCUUUGCAUAAGAAAGCAAUAUUUACAAGUAUUUAUCAUACAGUAACUCUAAGAUUCUGCUGGCAGGAAGGAGCACAAGAACACUUAGUUUAUCUUUGGUGCAGUUCAUGACCUUUGGCAAUGAUCUUGACAAAUGUUGACCUUUUGUCGACAAAUGUUCAGGUUCAUGACCAUAUUCUAGGAUACCUUACCAGCGAUAUUCACACCAAAAUAUUACAUGGGACAUCUCAAUGUCGAACGAAUAACUUUUUCUUCUGAAUUCCUUCAACGAAAGGGAACUAGCCAUUGUCGAGCAUCUGAAAAGGGAGGACGAGGGACUAAGAUAAUCUACCAUACUCUGGCUAGCUAUUUUUAUUUAUAUUCAAUGUUGACGGUUUGAACCAUUCGGGAGCGUCGGAUUUUAACCGAGGAAUGACGGCUUGAUAAUAUUUGGUAAAAUUGGCUUUCAUCCCCACCACAAAACAAACGUUGAGUUGGCCCGCAUAUGCCCAGACAUUUAAAGGAACUCUUUCCCACGGACAGUUGCAUCGGAUCUUUCAACCGAUACACAUAGCAAAAAGCGACUACAAGUUCCAAUACACUCGUGGACAGUUUGGUAUUACCUUUGCAGUGAAUACAUCGUCCGUUGAAAGAAACAAUUAGAACCGACAUGGGCAAAGGUAAAGGUAGCGGUUCCGGUGGUGGUGGUGGUAGCCAGGGUAGUAGUGGUAAAAAAGGUCCUGCAGGUGGUGGUUCCGCCAAAGGUGGAAAUGACGCUAAAAGUGGUGCUGGCGGUAAAGCAGGAGACAAGGGAGGAAAGAAGGGUGGUAAAAAGUGAUGGUUCGUUUGAUCCAUUUCUCGGACAACCGAUCACCCCGACGUACUUCCGGAAGCGAUAGCAACAGCGGAUUAGGGCGACCAGCGAAAGCGAUAACAAACCAUUCGAAUGUGAUCUGGACUGUAACUAUUUGAGCGUUUACUGAUGUAUUUAUUGUUGGUUUUUCCUACAUUUUUACAACUCAUACGGCGAAUACUUCGGCUAAUCAAACAAAAUGACAAAAAGCAAUUAAAAAAAAAACAAUGAAAACAGAGUACUAUAAAUAAUAGAAACAUAACAAAUCCGCUGUUGUAGUAUUUUACAUCUCUUUCGCUAUUCAACCACAUACUCCAUUCUUGAUCCCAUUUCUCCAAUGAAUCAUUCAGUAAAAUUAACCAAACCACUAUGUUUAACUUUAAGGUUGUUUAAUAUUGUUUUUCUUGCGAUUUAGUGCACAUUUAAACAUUCAACGGAAAUAAAAUAAACAAGCAAUUAUAAUUACUA